AUUCGCUUGGUGCUUGAACCUGCAGGGUUCAUGACCUACCGGUCACUAACCAAACUACGCCCUGUGACCUGUCCCCUCCAACCUGGCACUUCAAAUCUUCAGUUCUGAUUGACCUUUGCUUGUAGUUGUGUUUUUGGUCUUCAUAAUGGUCAUCGAAAAAAUUUGUUGCAUUGGGGCAGGAUAUGUUGGUGGUCCUACAUGCAGUGUAAUUGCAUUAAAAUGCCCAGAAGUUAAAGUAACAGUAGUAGAUAAAAAUAAGGAGCGAAUAAAGCAAUGGAAUGCUGACAAACUUCCGAUUUAUGAGCCUGGUUUGGAUAAAGUUGUAAAAGAAUGCAGAGGGAAAAAUCUUUUUUUUUCUGUCGAUGUUGAAUCAGCUAUAGAGGAAGCAGAUUUGAUAUUCAUAUCAGUGAAUACCCCUACAAAAACUUGUGGGAAUGGAAAAGGAAGGGCUGCUGAUUUGAAGUAUGUUGAAUCAGUUGCUAGAUUGAUAGCAGAUGUUGCUGCGGGAGAUAAAAUAGUAGUUGAGAAAUCUACAGUUCCUGUAAAAGCUGCUGAAAGCAUUAUGAAUAUUCUUAGAGCGAACCAGAAACCUGGAGUUUCUUAUCAGAUUUUAUCCAACCCGGAGUUUCUAUCAGAAGGCACAGCUAUUGAUAAUCUUCUAAAUGCUGAUAGAGUACUGAUUGGAGGUGAGGAAACAAAAGAAGGUCAAUUGGCCAUUGAAAAACUAUGUUGGAUAUAUGAACACUGGAUACCGAGAUCAAAAAUAUUAACCACGAAUACGUGGUCAUCUGAGUUAUCAAAACUUGCAGCAAAUGCUUUCUUGGCACAGAGGAUUUCCAGCAUUAAUUCGUUGUCAGCUGUAUGUGAAUUUACGGGUGCUAACGUUUCUGAGGUGGCAAAAGCUAUUGGCACUGAUACAAGGAUAGGAAACAAAUUCCUAAAUGCUUCAGUUGGAUUUGGAGGAAGCUGCUUUCAGAAGGAUAUUCUGAAUUUAGUUUAUAUCUGUGAAUGUUUGAAUCUUCCAGAGGUUGCUGCGUAUUGGCAACAGGUGAUAGAUAUAAAUGAAUAUCAAAAAUCAAGGUUCACAUCCAAAGUUAUUGAAUCUUUAUUCAAUACUGUGACCGAUAAACGGAUAUCUAUUCUUGGAUUUGCUUUUAAAAAAGAUACUGGUGACACUAGAGAAUCACCAGCUAUUUAUGUUGCAAAGACAUUACUGGAUGAGGGAGCGAAGUUAAAUAUAUAUGAUCCAAAAGUAGAACAUGCUCAAAUUUUUGAGGAUUUGACCUAUGCUACUGGUUCAAAGGAGUAUGUGAAGGAAAGAGUUUCUUUAUUUCCUAAUGCGUAUUCAGCUACGGAGAAGACGCAUGCGAUUGUUGUCUGUACAGAAUGGGAUGAGUUUAUCACACUCGAUUUCAGAAAAAUUUAUGAUGGCAUGAUGAAACCUGCAUAUAUUUUUGAUGGAAGAAUGAUUUUGGAUGAUGAAAAACUGUCAAAAAUUGGUUUUCAUGUCCACACCAUUGGUAAAAGGAAUAUGAGAAGAGGAUUGAAGAGAACAUGGGGAACACUUGAUUGUGCUUGAUUAAGUAAUUUUAUUAAUCUUCCUUUAGUUUCCUUUUUUUUUUUUUUUUUUAAAUCUUGUGGAUCUGUAAAUGUAAGCAGUAUUCAUUUCAGAUGUAUUAGUAUUUGUUCCUUAUUUAUCAUAUAAUGUUACAUUAAUUAUUUUAUCCUUAGUUCAAUAACUGUUUAUUGUAUUAUUUAUUUUAUGGGUAACUUCUUGUUAUGUUUAGUUCAAUAUGUGCAUAUGUAUAUAUAUAAUUUGACGUUUCAACCAACAUACCAUCUUCAUGUGCCAAAUUGUUAUAUUAUGUUUAUUGAAAUUUUAACACAUAAGGUCCUAAUGUAGACCAUGUCAAUUAUUUUAUCAUUUAAAGUUUUAGUAAAUCAGCUACAUACAUAUCUUCACAAUGUUACACAAUCAUACAUUGUUAAUGAUAAAGUUUGCUGAUAAUGAACUUUGGGAGCUGAAACCUAUUCCCAAGCUGGUUGACCUAUUGUCCACCUAAGCUACUGCUUGGGUAACGAUCGUAAUCGGUAUUGACAUAUUCUAUAGUUAAAAACAAUAUUUCCACUAACUUUUAAAGAAUAUGUAGUGUCGAAUUGAACUCAUUCUCUCCUCCCGACCUGCUAUCUUUAAAGGAUCAAUAUAAACUUUCAAUGCUUUUAUUUAUACAUCCCUUUGCUUUGUAUGCAGAGAUUUGUUUAUCAAACUUUUUUACUCUGAAUAUUUAGCGUGCUUGGUGGAUGGAUAGAAAAUUUAGGGUUCUAGUAGAAAUGACAAUGAUACUAACAUGAGGGGAAGGAGUUUGAAUAUUUAGAGAAUUAAAUUAAAGUACCUAGAGUUUACAGUAUUUGAAGCAAAUGAAAUCCUACAGAUAAUAAAACUAAAACUAUAUGUCAGAAAUGGUGAUUGUUAUAUAUUUUGCAUCUAUUUCCUAGAAACUUAAAAAUGAUGGUACUAUUAUCGCUAUAUUUUUGGAAAUCAAGUCUCACAUUAAAUUUUGGUUUAAAAGGAAGACAUAUAAAAUAAAUGGCUAUAAACCAUGCACUCACUACCUAUCCUUGGAAUGAAGAUCUCCAGAAAGAUAAUCAGCUCAAGACAACAGGUAAACAGUCGAGAGGUGGACAAUGGGUUUGAUGAUGGUAACAUUGUGUUACGGCUGAUCUUCUAGGAUUAGUAAGUAUUUGAGUGAUUGAGUUGAAGGAGGUGUGUUGAUAGUAUAUCGGUAGAGUAGUCAUAUUGGCAUCGAAACUCUAUUCAUUAUACAACUUUAUUUUUUCCAUGCUAAUUGUAUUAUCGAAGGUAUUCGGUAGUAUUGAGUAUGUUACAUAAAAAAAUUUUGUGAUCACCUAUUUAUUGAUGUCUAGAAGCUAUUAAAAAAAUAACUCAAUUUUUAUAAGAUUUUGUACAACUGAGUUUUGCAUUUUUUAACUCUAAAAAUAUACAUAAAAUCCAUGAAUGUUAUUUAUAAUUUCAUCUAGUAAACUUUGAAAAAUAUUUUACCUGAGUUCUUCGGAAGUGUAGGUAAUGUUUUGGUGUGUUAUUGUUAAGGUUACCUGUAUGAUCUGUCAUUAUCAUGAAUAUGUAAAUCCUGUUAAGCUGUGAAGAUUGGGAGGAAAGAUAGUUCAUACAUUUCUCCUUUUUCUGAAAUUAAGAUCUGAUUUCAAGUUAUAUCUUAAGCUUUAUUAACAUCAACUCCUAUUUUACUGAAAAAUGAUGUUAAAAUCCAGUAUUAUAUAAUUUUUAUUAUCUGUUUUUUCUAACUAUUCUUUUUUUCAAUUAGUAACUGGCAAUAUUCCUAUAUGUAUACCUUGAUUUUAAGAUAAAAUAUUGAAACUUAUUUCCAAUGUGAUAGAUAAAAUUUUAUGUUAAAUCUGUCUGUGAUUGACUCCUAAGGAUUAUUUUCCAAGGGAUUAUGUAUGAAUUGUUGUUCACUUGGCCUCAUCAGAAGAACAAGGUAGCUAUAUCAAAUAAAUUAGUAGUUAAUAAAUGUAUAGAGCUUCAUUAUUUUCUUAUAGUGUUUGUCCAGACUGUUGUAUGAUCGUUUAUAUUUGUAAUUUUUUUUUAAAUGUAGAUUGUUUUCAAAAAUAUAUCUAAGAUUAUUAUUGCCAUUAUUGAGACCAUUUCGCUUAAUUAUGAUAAAUUUUUAUUAUAUUCAAAGAACUUUUUAUAUUGUUUCAAUAGUUAAUUCUUAACUGUUUAAUAGUUAAGUGCAAACUUAUGUUUUAAUAUUUAUAUAUACUUUGAAACAAAAUUGAUGAAAUUUAUAAUGUAACUUAUAAAAAUGAUGUCUAAAUGGUUACACUUUAUAAUUAUGCUCACUAAUCUUUAAAAAACAAUGAAAUUGUUUACAUUUAUUAUAUGUAUAUAUUAAGUUUUAUUACAGUGUUAUCUUUUACUGUUGGUAUACUACUUGAUCAGUCUAUCGCUGCCUCCCUCCUCCAAAAUCAAUAACUUGAUAAAUUGAUUGAUGUCAAAGAAAGGGUGUUAAGUAUUUGUUGGUCAUCUUACAAACUUUAUUUAUCAUAUAAAUUAUCAUUUUUUAAAAAGGUUUAUUAUUGUGUAUUGCAGUAUUGAAAUAUUAAACAUUGUACCCAAUAUAUAAAAAAGUUAUGAAUGAAGUCCAAUUAUGUCAUAAUACAAUUUUGAUAGUCUGAAAAAGUGAGCAAAUUUUAUGAGAAGGUUUCGAUAGAGACUGUAAGAAAAAAAUUUAUAUAUAUGUAUACAAAGGCGGAUCAACAGGAGGGCUUUCAGGCUGAAGUCAUGCCCACCUCUCCCCUCCCCAAAUGGUAAAGUGUGACCAUGUUUUAUGGAAAAAAAUAUUAAAAAAUUAUCUCUUAAAGUAUUAUUGUUCAUAUAAUUACAUUUAAUAAGAUUUCAAGAAUCACUUAAAUACCAUUUCAUAUAUCCGCUAGUGUAUGUAUAUAAAGUGCUUACUGAGAAUUAGUAUUUUUCAAUGAGACAAACCUGAAUCCUGUUUCUGUUUUGUGUUAUUCCCAAAAUGAAUUACUAUCAAGAAGAUUCAUCCUGCAUUCGAGAAACGAAACAAAUUGAAACUAUAACAUGAAUAAUACAGUUUAAAAAAAGUCCUUACAAAACAUCACUACUUAAUUCAAGUAACAGUUAUCAGUUAAUUUUAUAUCUUUAUUUAAUAAUCAUAAUUAAAGAGUCAUAAAGUUUUUUAGCAGUUUAAACAGUUUCAUUGUUUUUCUUUCUCUUAUAUUGGAACAUAAUUAUUGUAAUUUACAUAAUCACGAUAAAUGAUAUGAAUUAAUCAGUUUUGUGAAUCCCUGUAUAAGUUAUACUGGUGUUGGUAAUAAUAAAAAUAUAGUAGAUAUUAUAUUGAGGUUUAUUAUGGUUACAGAUUUGUGUGCAAUAGUUCUCUUCUGCUGUUUUAUUUCUGAAUAUAUUUAGAAAAUUAAUUUGAUUGAGAACAAAUUCCAGUUGGUGUGGUGCUCUUUUUACAAUUAUUGUAUUAUUAUUGUUAUUUUAUUUUAAUAUUUAUGUAUGACGUUCCUCUAUUAAGACUCGUUUUUAAGUACCAGCUUUUCAUUUGUAAAAAUAUAUUUUUAAAAUCUAUUUUUACAUCUUUAUUUAUAAUAUUAUUCAAGUAUCUUAAUAAAUAAAGUUAAAUAUUAAAAGUUAA